AUGACAGAAAAUAAUACAUUUGGUACAAUGAAUAAGGCGCUUAAAGAUGAUGGCGACGAUUUUCUAAAUACAGCUUUAAGAAAGUGGAAGUUUAAUUCUAAAUAUAAAAGAAACAAACUUUUAUUUAUUUUACUCACUUUGUUUUUCAUAUUGUUUGGAUCUCUUUUUACCUACUAUUACACUUAGAUUGUUUAGGUAACUGUGCGCUAUGAUAAUUAAUGCGUUCUUGGUACAACUUGCACUUUUAACAUAAAUAUACCUUCAUAUAUGUCACAGCCCAUCUUUUUUUACUACUAACUUGACAACUUCUUUUAAACCCAUAGAAAAUUCUACUAAUCAAAAGAUAUUUAACAAUUAAGGGGAUAAGAUAGGUCUCUAUCAGAUUUAGUAUCAUGUGCUCCUUUUGUAACAAAUGCUGAUAUGGGUAAAGUACUAAGUAUAGGUGGAACUCCUUUGAAUCCAAAUGAUCCUGCUAUCCCUUGCGGUUUAAUUGCUAAAACUUUUUUUAAUGAUACUUUCAAGAUGUACCAGGAAACUUAGAGUAUUCAAAUAUUUGAAAAUGAUAUAGCUUGGGAUGUAGAUAUAGAAUAUAAUUAUAAGCCUACAAGUAAUGCACAAACUCAAGCAUGGCAUGAUGUAACAGAUGAGCAUUUCAUGGUUUGGAUGAGAACUUCUGGAAUGGGAAAGUUUAAAAAGCUAUGGGGCAGAAUAAAAUAAGAUCUUCCAAGCGGAGAUUAUAAAAUAGUAGUUAAUAAUUAAUAUAACUCAAGCGAUUUUAAUGGUUACAAGUAUGUACUGUUAACAACAUCUUCUCCUUUUGGUUAAAAAAAUUUAGUACUCAUAGUAGCUUAUUUUUCAGGGGCUUUUGUUUGCAUCGUUUCAUAUAUCAUUUUAUUGACUUUAGAUAAAAAUAAGAAAGACAAGUGA